ACACCCGGAGCAUCGGCAGCCGGCGCCGCAGCCCGGCGGUGUCAGUGCCACGGUGUCCGCCGGGAAGCGAGAGGCGAGAGCCGGCGGCCGCCCGCCCUCCGUGCCGAUCCCCGCGGCCAGGCCCCCGUAUGCAGCCCUCACCCUGGAGCGGCGGCGGCGGCGGAUCGAGGAGCUCUCGCGGUCGUCCCGGCAGCGGCUGCUGCAGUCGCGGGACAGGAUGUUCUCCAAGUUCACCUCCAUCCUGCAGCACGCCGUGGAGGCGCUCGCACCUUCCCUUCCAUUACAAGAGGAUUUUGUUUACCACUGGAAAGCAAUCACCCAUUACUACAUAGAGACAUCAGAUGACAAAGCUCCUGUGACUGAUACCAACAUUCCUUCUCACUUGGAGCAGAUGUUGGAUAUUCUAGUUCAAGAAGAAAAUGAGAGGGAAUCGGGCGAAACAGGACCAUGUAUGGAAUAUUUGCUACAUCACAAGAUUCUGGAGACACUCUACACAUUAGGAAAAGCUGAUUGCCCUCCAGGAAUGAAACAGCAAGUUUUGGCUUUUUAUACAAAACUUCUUGGAAGAAUACGGCAACCUCUUCUUCCCCACAUAAACGUGCACAGGCCAGUGCAGAAAUUGAUCAGGCUGUGUGGUGAAGUUCUGGCAACACCAACAGAAAAUGAAGAAAUUCAGUUUCUCUGUAUAGUAUGUGCAAAGCUGAAACAGGAUCCAUACCUGGUUAACUUCUUCCUUGAGGUGAAACCAGGUCAUCUACAGCCUGUGCUGGAGAGAGCAUGUUCCUACCAUGACACCGUGAAUAGAACCCAGAGGAGUUACAGGCCACAUUCCUGGUACAGCAAACUACUGAGGAACGUAACUGGACUUUUGUCAUGUAACUGUACAGCCAGCGAACACUGGAGAGCAUUGUGACACUGCUAUUUAGACCUUUCUAGAUAACUGUGCUAUCAAGAAUUAAAAUGAAUUGCAAAGCCACUACUGAGUAUCUCACAUCAUAAAUAUUUUAGUCACUUGCUUCAAAAUUAUGACAUUUAUAAUGCCAAAACUUAAAUCAGGCUCCCUGUAAAAUCUCAGUUAUGCCUCAGGCCAAAGACAACAGAAUUGAAACUCUGACUAAAACCUAGUUUUACUUGUGGACUAAUGCAAAAGAGAGAAUUUGUACACUUGCAUAGUAGUAGUGUUCCUGAACUGCCAUCGAGAUCAGCUUUUGCUUACGAUUAAACAGAUUAUCUGAGAACAUUUUAGGGAUGAACGGAUUAUAGCCCUAAAUCCAAAGAUGUAAGUAACAAUGGAAUCUUAUUACACAUUAGAAAACAACAGCACUGUCAGAGCUGAUCAAAAAGUUACUCGGAAACCUCUUAGUAGGGUCAAGGCUAAGCACCUCAACUGUCCCCCAGAAUACAUGCAGAUGCUGGUUGCCAGACCCCCCUCUCUGCAAGCACACAGCUAAAUGACUGAGGAAACCAAUUUGUAGCAGGUGGACUACUCAAUUGUUUAUCUCCAAUAUUUUGAGGCAAAAUCCAGUUUUAUGUCUAUUUAUACGACAUUCAAACUCUCACUGUCAUUACAGCUGCAAUAAAGCAUACUGGAAGUGUAUUUUUCAUCUCUUUGCUUCAGCUUCCACUCGCACAGGAACAAGUUUGUCCUGCUAACCUGCAGACUUCAGUGAAAUUAGCUAAGCUCUGACUGAUAAUAUUUGACAGCAUUCUAGAUGGUUUCAAUAAUUUAUUAUAUGCUGACACUUGCAGGUACCGUAUGGCAGAACAUUCGUGUAUUUACUUAGAGAGGAAAGCCUGGAUUAUGAGGCUUCUAGCUGAAUAGAAAUAUUUGAGGAAAACAUGAUGCAUUUGGAAAACAAGUAUCUAAUUUCACAUACAACAUGUACAUCUGACCUACUUGUGUGGUCUCCUUCACAACGCAUUAUAUAAGCUAAAGCAGGGUAGUACAGAGAGAGUAAGUGAUGAAUGAACAUGAGAAAUAGCCUACUGGGCACAGGUAUCUAUUCAUCCAGCCCGUAUUAUUCCACCACAGCAACGAGUGAUGGCAUAAAGACACUUGCAGAUGUGACAGGGAAGCAACUAGACAACAGAUUAAUACCUAGGAAGUUUGUAACCCAUCAGAAGAUGAAUGAAUGACGAGUGUCUCUACAGAAGGAACAGAUGUGCAGAUGUGGAGCAGGAUGCACAGACCAGGAAAUGCUUGACAAUGGGAUUUAAGGAAAUACUGCAUGAUGAACUGAUUACAUGGUGCUACCAGCAAAUCAGCAAGGAGGGAGGUGUUGCACACAGCUGAGACACAGACAAGCAUAAAAUUAGUGACAGAAAAUGAUAACAAACAGAAGCACGUAUGAUACUACAUUCAAGACACUGAUUAAACCUGGGAGAAGUAUAUUUCGGAGUUCAAACGAUGUUCUUUGGUAUCCAAUGCACAAUAGAAUGCUUUCUGUAGUCAAGCCCAGAAGCAGAAAGGGAGGAAGAUGGUUUUAAACAUCUCUUUAGCCCUUCUCAAAAGCAGAGAUCAUGCUGAGGCACUAACACUUCAUUCUUUAUUUCAUCCAAGUAGUCACUGAAAACAUACAUGUCCAUCCAGUUAUUAUAAACACAAUAAAUUCCUGCACAGAAUAUAAACAGAUAUCAGCUCCACUAGCAUGCUUUCACGCUGGGGUACAGAAACGUACAUUCCAAAUCCUCAACCUUCCUGAAGCAAAGGUC